AUGUUGCAGGCAUUCACAUCUGUGUUCCUCAGGGCUGGGCUCUUGUGCCUCUGUUUGUCUUCAUUUGGCACAGCCAGUGACUCACGUACGACCACUUUUCCAACUCCUGGCCCGAAGCCGCCGAAUACACCUCCGCGAAGUUAUGGAAUGGUAUUGUUUCGAGACUUUGAGCCUCUUGAUGUUUUUGGCCCGUUGGAAGCACUGUAUCGUCUCGCAAGCCUUCACAAGCUGGACCUGUACCUUAUCUCCGAAACCAUGGAUGCAGUGACAACAGAGCCGGGGUUAGCUGCAAUGAACCCUCACAAUUCCAGCUUCUUUCCGAAGAUUUUGCCAACCCAUACUUUUGACGACGCUCCUAUCCCUGAUGUCAUGAUUGUUCCUGGUGGCAUAGGCACCAGGUCCCCCUCGUUGAAUCGCACAAUCGAGUACAUUGCUGAGACAUACCCCAAGCUCCACUACUUGUUAACAGUCUGCACGGGAGCUGGCUUGGCGGCCAAAUCUGGCGUACUCGACAGUAAACACGCAACAACAAAUAAAGCGGCAUGGAACACUAUCGUGGCGUGGCGCCCACAAGUGAAUUGGGUGCCACAUGCCCGGUGGGUUGUCGAUGGCAAUAUUUGGACCUCGUCUGGAAUUUCCGCUGGCAUUGAUGCCACUAUGGCUUUCAUUGAAUACGCAUAUGGCAAGGACGAUGCCACGACGGUCGGCAACAUUAUGGAAUAUGAGCGACACGAGGAUCCAGACUGGGACCCUUUUUCUGAGGUUUUUCAUGUUCCUGGUGCAUAG